AUGUUGUUGUUGACUUUACUGUGUUUGCAUGGCGCACAAGGAUUUUCAGAGAUCAAAAAUCCGCUGGACAGAAUCCAAAAGGAUUACUUGGCGCUGACCCGCAGAGUUACAGCUCGUCACAUUCUUUUACCCCCCUCCGCCGACCUAGCGCUGGCACUCAAGCAGAAAAUUAGAAAUCGCGUAAAUGAAGAUGGCGUUUAUGUCAUUGACGCCUUUGAGGCGGCUGCAAAAAAAUUCAGUCGCGAUGAAACCACCAACUUCCGUGGCGGCCUAAUAGGAGAAUUGGUACCUCAAGGAUACUGUCGUUCCGUAGAGCUUGACCAAGCAUGCUUCAGCGUUAGACUUGGAGAAAUCGAAGGCCCACUAGAGUCUGACUACGGAUUUCACUUGAUUCUCGUUUCGGAGCGGACCAACUGCCCUAAACUGGACGGAUCAAAGACUAAGCUUGUCCGCGAUGGAAAGGUUACUAGACUAGUAGAAGGAGAGCAAAUCGGUCGACCAGAUGCCAAGUAUUUUUCACAAGUUUUGGCUUUUUUGGCGUAUGCAUUCUUGUUCGGCGGGAUCUUGGCAGAAAUUUUGGCGCGCUAAUAUAGGAAGCAAUAGACUUGCACAUGGCUCUUAAAACAGUUUUUCUUUACACCGAGAAUUCGAUGACUAUUUUUGGUCGCAUCCUGGAGAUUGCUUCUUACGCUUCUUUCGUGGAUCGAGCCCUUGCCCCCGAAAGGCUGUCUUUGCAAUGUCGUAUGAUAACUUAUUGCUUCGAGACAACAUGCCAAGGAAGACGGCCUUGACACUUGCAGAUGGUUUCCCUAAGCUUUGUAUCGGU